AUGCCAACUGUCGUGAUGCCUUCGUUGAUUUCAAGUUUGUCUUUACCAAUUCCGACGGCAUUGGAGGUGUUCUCACCGACACCUUUGCUCUUCAUUCUUCUGCUGAUCAUGGGCCUGGCUGUUGGUGCCUACUUUUGGAUGCAACGCCGUGAGAGGAUUAUCCAAGCUUAUGCACAGGAAGAAGCGCGGAUGCGAAGUAGUAUCCCAGAGAUGCAGGCUCGCAUUGACCAAGAGGUGGACCUUGAAGUGGCUGCAGCCAGUGGCGCGACAGGUUCCAGUUUCGCGGCCACUGCGGCUGCCUUGCCUCGUGCUUCUGAAGCGGCCUUGAACGAGCCACCGCCUGCGCCCAGAAUCUCCUUGCCUGGCUGUGGACCUGUUCCUGGACUCCCGACUUCUGGCGGCUCCCGCGCCAGUUUCGCCGCCUCUGCGGCACGGAGGUCGGUGCUUUCCCAUGGUUCCAGCGAGUACACCCUAGGAGAUGAUCGCCCAAGCGUGAUGUCACGGCCCUCAAGGACGGAACAGCCGAGUUAUCAGGCAGCUGGGAACCCAGCUAGCGAGCCAAAGAGGGCAUCGACGCAGCGGCAAUCAAUGGCAGCUUUAGCAGAGUCGCGCAAGUCUUUGGUGGAGGUGAUGAAAAUGUAUGGACCAGAGGAGGAGAAGGUGGAGGUCAAAGUAAGCCGAACAAGCCUCAGCGGAUGGUACGCAGAGGAGAAGAAGGAGAGUGACGAAGCAGAGCGAAAGUCUCUCUCCACAUGGUAUGGCGACGGGGCAUCCCAGUCCGCGGCACCGGAUCCAUCGAAGGUGGUUAGUCUCGAGCAGGGCAAAGAAGGUGACGUGAGUGUCCCUUCAACCGUGGCACGUGACCUCACCUCCGAUUGA